AUGUGCAUCGGUGGUCGAGAACAGAUGACAGCACCCAAGGUGACAGAUCCCUUCGCGGAGUGCGUCGCAGUGUUGAGGAGAGUGGAGGGCGAAUUUCAUUUUGCCCUUCCUCUUCGCUUACUUGGUGCUGUUUUGCUGGUCCUGGGGAGCUGCUGGGCCUUCACCCGCUUUGUGGUGGCCAAUAGCUUUCUCCUGGUGAUCUUCGCUGGAGCGGCGUGCCUGGUGCUGUCGGUGCUGGCGGACCCGCGGGGCCUGGUGCGCUUUCUGCCCGAGGAGCAACGAGACUUCCUGUUCAACGGAAGAAUUUUCGACAUCCUGCAUGAUGAUACACCAGUCGUCAAUGCCAUUCGAAAGUGGGGCCCGGUACAACUCCUACUGGCCCAAGACGGGAAGCAAGCAGAACCCAUUCAACAUCUCGUCCAGAACAUGGAGCCAGAAGUCUUGCGACUGGUGUUGUGCCGAAGCUUCUUCAGUUUUCUUCCAGGUCCCUUGCGUCUGCUGAUGCUGCCCAGUGAACAACUGAGCAGCGAGACCCUUGAGGCCAAAGGCGACGCUAAGGAAACGACCGUGACAAAGGUGACCGAGAACGUGGAGGAAGUUCCAUCCGUGGAAUGGAUUCAAAAUUUCUUGCAGGUGAGAAAUCAGAAGAAGCAAGAGAAGAUAAAAUAUCCUGAGCUGAUGCCUUUGGUGGCAAGCACUUUGGGGCUGCAGCUGGCACCCUUCAUGGCGUACGGCCGGUCCUUCUUCCGAUGGGUGCAGUUUGUGGCCUUGACGAGCGGCAUCGGUUCGCUACUCUCAGCUGGGUUGUUCUUUCAUGACACUGGUCGUUAUGCGUUGCAACGAGCGGCCAGUGGACUUUUGCAGAGGAGUGUGGUGCCAGAUGCCCGAUGGUCAAAGGUGGCGGCCGCUGUCAGCCUGUUCAGUGCAGGCGGAGCGAUCGUGGUGUCCAUCGUUUGCGAGCGCUGCAAACGACGCUGGGCAGAGAGUGACCGAGAAGGGCGCUGA